AUGGAUCAGAAGACUUUGGUCAAGAUCCACUAUGGAGCUGCAGACAUGCUGGGUGCCUUUUCUGUGGCGUUGCAUGAGAACCAAACCUUCACUGAGCUGGUCAUUGAGUAUCUCCAGGACACAGUGAGCAGGGAGGAACUGCAGCUCCUGCUGAUGGAUGAUGACGCGUGGGAGGCAGUUGUGACCAAGGCUAAGUUGUCCAGGGAGGAAGCUGAUGAGCUUCGUGCCACUCUGAAGAUGCUCACAGAAGACGUGGAGGAGGAAGAUGAGCUCCAGGAUCUGCAGGAUAGGAAGAGGUUUUUGGAUGAAUUUCCCCGGGUUAAAGAGGAGCUUGAAGAGCGCAUAAAAAAGCUCCGCGCCCUUGCUGACAAGGUUGACAAGGUGCACAGGGACUGCACCAUCUCCCACGUAGUGGCCGGCUCCACAGGCGUGGUCUCUGGGGUGCUGACCAUCCUUGGCUUGGCUCUUGCCCCUGUGACGGCAGGGGUCAGUCUGGUGCUCUCUGCCACUGGGAUGGGGCUGGGAACCGCAGCCACUGUGACGAGUGUUGCCACGAGCCUUGUGGAUACAUCAACCAAGCGGUCAGCUGAAGCAGAAGCCAGUUCUCUGCUGUCCACCAAAAUGGACAUGGAGAAGGUGUCUAAUGAUGUUCUUGCUGAGGUUAAGCCCAGAGUUAUUUCCAUAACCAAGAAAUGCUUCCAAGACCUGCCACGCCUUCAGAAGAACAUCGAAGCCAUAAGGCUGGCCAAAGCCAACCCUCGCUUAGCGGCCAGUGCCAAGCGUCUCAUGACCGCGGGGACCAUCUCAGCCAGAAACACUAGGAAGGUGCAGAAAGCCUUUGGAGGCACCGCCCUGGCAAUGACCAAAGGAGCCCGGAUAAUGGGUGCGGCCACUGCAGGUAUCUUCCUUCUGAUGGAUGUCGUCAACCUUGUGAAUGAGUCCACGCAUUUGCACCUGGGGGCGAAGACAGAGUCUGCAGAAGAGCUGCGGCGGCAGGCUCUGGAGCUGGAGAAGAAGUUGGAGGAGCUCAUGCAGGUCCAUGAGAGUUUGCUGUCGGAUGUGAGCUGGUGAGGCCCUCUUUGGAGCAGCA